AUGGGGUUUGAGGCUCGCUGUGAAUCUGGAUUUGGGAAGCAGGUAACAGACUCCUGCCUGACCGGGAAAGAAGCUCUGAGCCAUUUCCCAUCGCUGGGUGCCCCGGGGGGCUCCGGCCCGGCCAAGGGGCACCAGAAGCAGUGCGAGCUGCUGCAGCUGUCCCGCAGGCAGAAGCGGCUGUGCCGGAGGGAGCCGGGGCUGGCGGAGACGCUGCGGGACGCGAUCCGCCUGGGAAUCCUCGAGUGCCAGUUCCAGUUCCGCAGCGAGCGCUGGAACUGCAGCCUGGAGGGCCGGCCCAGCCUGCUCAAGAGAGGUUUUAAGGAGACAGCGUUCCUGUACGCCGUGUCCUCGGCCGCCCUGACGCACUCGCUGGCGCGGGCGUGCAGCGCGGGGCGCAUGGAGCGCUGCACCUGCGACGACUCCCCGGGGCUGGAGAACCGCAAGGCCUGGCAGUGGGGAGUCUGUGGGGACAACCUCAAGUACAGCACCAAGUUCCUGAAAAAGUUCCUGGGGCAGAAGAGGAUCGGCAAAGACCUGCGGGCAAAGGUGGACAUCCACAACACCAAUGUGGGCAUCAAGGCGGUGAAGAACGGCCUCAAAACCACCUGCAAGUGCCACGGCGUGUCCGGCUCCUGCGCGGUGCGGACCUGCUGGAAGCAGCUCUCGCCUUUCCACGAGAUCGGGCGGCUCCUGAAGCUGCGCUACGACGACGCCGUCAAGGUGUUCAGCACCAGCAACGACGCCGUGGGGCACUCGGAGCUGGCGGGGCCGCACAGACACGGACACUCGGCCAAGCAGCCGGCCCUGCCCCGUCCCACCGACCUGGUGUACGUGGAGGACUCGCCCAGCUUCUGCCGGCCCAGCAAAUAUUCCCUGGGCACGGCGGGCAGGACCUGCUCCCGAGAGGGCAACUGCGACAGCAUGUGCUGCGGGAGGGGCUACAACACCCAGAGCCGCCUGGUCACCUUCUCGUGCCACUGCCAGGUGCGCUGGUGCUGCUACGUGGAGUGCCAGCAGUGCAUGCAGGAGGAGGUGGUGUACAGCUGCAAGCAGUAG